GCAAUGGCGUCGGUGAAGAAAUUCUAAACCGAGUUUAUUAAAUUAUCAGGAAUUAAAACCGUUCUGCUUUGGUACAAUUGUUUCACGGAAGUGCUCAUAAAGUUGUUCUUACGAUAGUUGGACAGCAGGUAGACGAAAUGAGCAAACGACGGCGGACGAGCUCGUUCCAAGAUGACGAAAACAGUGAAGAUGAUGGUUCCCCCGAGCAAAGCCCAGUUCCUGCAACAACAAGGAAGAAGAAGAGGCUCGAUCCGAUGGAGUUAUGUCAACAUCUGUACGAAACCAUUCGUACAUUCAAGAAAGAAGAUGGUACAACCAUUUGCGAUACAUUCAUACGUGCACCGAAACGACGCCAGGAACCAUCCUAUUACGAAGUAGUAAUGAAUCCGAUUGAUUUACUCAAAGUUCAACAAAAGCUAAAGACGGACUCGUACGAAGACGUCGACGAUUUGGCCGCAGACAUUGAAUUGAUCGUGAACAAUGCAAAAGCAUUCUACAAGCCUGACUCUACGGAAUAUCAAGACGCUUGCCAGCUGCUGGAUGUGUUUAAUACGAACAAAAAACGUAUUAUAGAAAAUCAACUCGAAGAAGGAUGGUUGGAAACGAGACCAAGAAAAAUUACCCGACCCAGGAAAUCGCUCACCGCCGAAGAGGAUGAAUUCGAUGAAGCUUCCGAUUUCGACCCUUACGAGGAACUUUUCGCUAUCGUCAUGACGGCAACGGAUCCGUUGGACAACCAUGAACUACAUCAUAUGUUUCAGUUAUUGCCAUCGAAAAAGCUCUAUCCUGGCUAUUAUGACAUCAUCGACCAUCCAAUAGAUUUGAAGCUAAUUGCUACCAAAAUUCAAACCAGCGCAUAUUCAAACCUUAACGAAAUGGAAAAGGACUUGCUGCAAAUGACAAAGAAUGCGUGCACAUUUAAUGAACCCGGGUCGCAAAUUUACAAGGACGCCAAGAUGUUGAAGAAGAUAUUUAUGGCACGCAAGGCAGAUAUAGAAUCGGGGCGGUACAGGAAACCUCUUAAUAGACGUCCCAAAAUUGCGUCAAGUGCGACGGUAGCUGCACUGAAGGAAGAGAUCGAAAGUUCCGAUGAUGAUUUCGAUGAUUCGAUGGAAACAGAGGGCGAUGGUCCACUUUGGCAAUUGUUUGACCAACUGUAUAACACGGCCAACACUAAUGAUCCCAAUGCCUUAGGUGCGCCUUUGGGUGAAUCUCUUUGGAAGCUACCGAACAAACGUUUCCACCCCGAAUACUACAACCUUAUCAAGAAACCCAUCUCCAUGGCACAAAUAAGAAACAAGCUGAAGAAAGGUAUAUACACCCACAUUACUGAUAUGACGGCCGAUCUGUAUUUGAUGCUGGAUAAUGCGAAAAAAGCUAACGCUCCCAAUAGCAAAAUUCAUAAGGAUGCUCAAAAAAUGCAGAAAAUUCUCAACCAAAAGCUGAUUGACUCGGGAGAUUUAGAAGAGAGCGACGAAGAAGAGGAUGAAGAAGAUACGGAUUCGUCUCAACCGACAUCAUCGCGCAAAAAAGGUCGUGUUGCCAAAAGCAUUGGUUCACCUUCACACUGUUCUUCGAAUAGUGCGCUGGUUUCCAAAACCAACCGCUUGGUUCCGACAACGAUAUCGUUGAAAAAGAAGCUGUUAUCUUUACACGAGUUUCUUGUCGAUUUUACGUACGAUGAUCAUCAACCGAUGGCCUUGUUUAUGGAAAAACCUUCCAAAAAGUUGUACCCAGACUACUACCAAGUCAUUCAGCAUCCGAUAGAUAUGACAACGAUUGAAAACAAUAUUAAAGCGGAUCGUUACAGCACCAUCGAUGAUAUUGUGGGCGACUAUCGGCUGAUGUUUUCAAACUGUCGCAAAUAUAACGAAGAAGGGUCGAUGAUCUACGAAGAUGCUAACAUUCUCGAGAAGGCAUUGAAUGAAAAGUUGAAGGAGUUUUCGGGCAUGAGCAAAAAAUUUAGCCUUUCUGGGAAAAUUGUCAAACCUGCGCGCAAGAGUAAUUCUACUCCACUGGAAACGAAACUAAAGCAAAUGUAUGACACGAUACGGGAAUACCGAGAACCGAAACAGAACCGACAGCUUUCGUAUAUAUUUAUGAAAUUACCUUCAAAAAGCGAAUAUCCUGAUUAUUAUGAUAUCAUCAAAGACCCGAUUGACAUUGAAAAGAUCGAGAAAAAGCUACGCCAACAGAUUUAUGAAAGCGUCGAUGAUAUGGCAGCAGAUUUUAUGCUUAUGUUCGAGAACGCUUGCAAGUACAAUGAACCAGAUUCUCAAAUUUACAAAGAUGCGCUAUGUUUGCAACAAUUGCUCAUCCAGACGAAACAAGCUCUGCGAAGUGAAGAAACCGUACCCAAUGUACAACAAGCAGUGCAGGAGCUUUUACUAUCUCUCUUUACUACGUUUUAUAACUAUCAAGAUGAAGAGGGUCGAUGUUAUUCGGAUUCCCUGGCAGAAUUAGUUGAGUACGAUGAAUGCGAUGGCAAUAGGGUGAGAGCAAUUUCUUUAGAUCUCAUCAAACGCCGUCUAGACAAGGGUUUGUACAAGCGUUUGGAUACGUUUCAAGAAGACAUAUUUAGUUGCCUUGAGCGCGCACGUCGACUAAGUCGCACAGAUUCGCAGGUGUUUGAAGAUUCCAUUGAGUUGCAAUCAUUCUUUAUAAAAAAACGCGACGAGUUAUGUCAAAAUGGAAACGUGCUCGAAUCUCCCGCCCUGAGCUACAACACAAUGCACCUAAGUGCCGCUGUAGAAUCUCUACGACAAUCCAAGCUACUGCAAGAGGAAGAAACCGACACUGAUAGCGAUGCAGUGCAACCAUCUCAAGGAGAGAGUAUGACAAUCGAUCAAAAAGUAUUUUCUCCCGGAGACUUUGUGUAUAUCGACAUGCCGGAAAACAAAAUUCCUGGCAUCAUGUAUAUCGAGCGCCUGUGGACAACGGUCGACAAUAUUAAGAUGAUGGACGGUUUGUUGCUUCUCCGGCCGCACGAAACGUAUCACGUGCAAACAAGGAAAUUCAUGGAGCAGGAACUUUUCAAAAGCGACCAACACAUUCAAAUCCCUCUGUCUAAAGCAUUGAAUAAAUGCUUUGUUAUGCACGUCCGGGACUAUGUUAAACUGAAGCCAGAACACUUUCCCAUCAAGGAUGUGUUCGUAUGCGAAUCUCGGUACAGUUCAAAGGCGAGAUCAUUCAAAAAGCUGAAAACCUGGAAUCUUGUGCGUGCAAAUGAUCCAGUGAAGCUGAUUCCUCGAGAGGUACCGCUGGAAAUAAAGCGCGUUAUGUCUGUUUUCAAAGAGCGUGUUGAGAAGCAUAAGGAGGAACUGUCGGAAUUACAACUUCAAGAAGCAAUGCUUGAAAAGGAGAAACCAAACGUGGUUAUAUAUAUGAACGGGGUGGAAGAUGGAAAUGUGUAUUAUGAACAAUACAAUACCGUUUGUGGAGGUGUAGUCAAAACCGGCGAUUACGUCUACGUAGCUACCGAAUCUGGCAAGCAAUCGAUUUCACAGAUUACAUCUAUUUGGGAAACAAAAGAUGGAAAAAUUUUGUUCCGCGGACCCUGGCUUCUAACUCCUCCCGAAGUACCUGGCACGAUAAGUAGAUUAUUUUAUCGGCAAGAAGUUUUGCUGUCAACCAUUCAAGAAACAACUUCUGCUGUGGCUAUUGUUGGUCGAUGUGCGGUGCUCGAUCAAAGCGAAUAUAUCACUAGAAGACCAACGGAAAUCGGAGAGUCCGACGUAUACAUGUGCGAAUCUAUAUUUGAUGAAUUUAAAAAACAAAUUCGCAAAAUAGUUGCUCCUUCGGGUUUGCGUAAAUUCACGCACAGCCAAAUGGUCACUACGGAUGAAGUGUAUCAUUUCCGUCGUCCCAUAAAUCCUCCAAAGGUAACAUGUGGCGAAAUUGCAGCAGUUCAGGAAAAUAAGCCAAUUUCUUCGACUGAUUUUAUGGACAUGAAGGAAGACUUUGGCAUCAUCGAUGAUUCGAUCGAUGGGCCUCCGUCGAUUGGGUCGGACACAAUCAUGACGGCAUCGCCACAUCCAACACAAACGAUCAACACCAGCACUCCGACGAUGACCACCAAAAAAACAUCUAAACCCGGCAAGAAGCUAGUGACAGGCUACAUAUUGUACUCUAGCGAACACCGGAAGACUAUCUGUGCCAGCAAUCCGGAAGCAACGUUCGGUGACGUAUCACGCAUUGUCGGAAACGAAUGGCGCAAUUUGAGCGACCAAGAAAAAGCUAUUUGGGAACAGCGGGCGGUUAAGAUAAAUGAAGAAAGUGCAGCAAAGUACGCAGCCGACAUGGCUGAAUCAAAUUGCCCCAGCCCAGCCAACUUCAAGACCGACGGUCCAAUCAUACAGGACAUCGUAACGAAUCAUGCCUAUGAAUGCUGCUGGGACAAAUGUGAUCAUCAAUAUGAGGAUCCUGCUGAAUGGUCGGAGCAUUGUAUUGCCGAAGGUGCGGGCUGUGUUUACAAGACAUUCAUCGCGUCUGCAGAUCAAGAAUUUAUCUGCAUCUGGAGGAACUGUGUGCGACUCCGCCGGAACAUGCCACCUUUUCCGUCUGUUACGCGACUUGUGAAGCACGUCAAGGAAGUGCAUUUAACGAAAGGUGUUAGCAAGUUAAUUCAACCGCAGGACCGUAGCAAAAACUACGUGCAUUCUAAACGCCCUCCUGGAAUAAAUACGGGAAAUAAUGCACCUGCGGUUAGCAUGGGCAACGUAAACGCCAGCAACAUGGGGACGAUUACUUUACAACCAAUGGGUAACGUAGGAAGCCAUCCAUUGAACGGCACUAACACAAACAUUAUGGCACUGUCUGCUCAAAACGCUGGCGGCGUAGUAUCUGGCAAUAAUCAGAUGCAACCGAUGCACGCACAACAAUCAACAUCAAUGGCAACGGCUAGUGGAGCCAAUGCACCGCAAAUUGGCAAUUCGAUUACUGCCCCGUACUUCAGCUACAUUUCUGCCCAACCAGCAGAACCGUUGUUUGUUACGGUACCUCCCCGACCCCAACGUGUACUACAUUCGGAAGCAUACAUCAAAUACAUCGAAAGGCUGCAGCAGAAAUCGACCUACAUUACACCGUGGCAGAAAACAUUCACCGCUACCAGAGAGACUAUUCCUAAUACGGAUGUAAAUAGGCUACCGCAGCAGUGGCUUGGGAAACGUGCUCAAGACCGUUCAGAUGUUGUAGUGGAUGCGUUGUGGCAGUUGCGGAAUUUCAUGAUGAAGGAAGUGAUCCAAUUUGAUCGCUUUUAGAUGUAGUUUAAGAAUUAAGUAUCACAUUACAUUUCAUGCCUUAUAGGUUUGCAGAUAUUUCAUUUCAAGCAUAGAGAAAAGAUUUUAUUUCUUAUCCAUUGAACUUUGUAACAAAUGUUUUAAUGUAAGAUAUAAAUACAUUAUAUCCA